UGGGACUCCCUUUAACGUGAUUGGCUGGUGAUAGCAGUCAGCCAGCCAAAAUGAAGAGAUUACGACUGAGGUGCUAAUCAGUCGGCACAUCAAGGUUCGGCUGAUUGCUAUCCGACUUCCACGGCGGUUCCUUUGAAGCAAAGGCGCGGCUAGGUCCAACGGGCGUCAAAUUCACACUCUAGUGCCCUCAUUGUACUCGGAAAGACCAAAGAAAGCGCCAAUACCUCUCAGAGGGAUCAGGUGCACAGUCUUCAUACCUCUUUCGUAGUCAGACAGUACAUGUACUUGUGUCAUGAUGUGCGACCAGACAGUUGAGUCCUCCAGCCAACACUUCAAACUUGACUGUCAGUCUGAUGAAUUUAGCCAGACUGAGCCUGACCUCAGCUGGAUCUUCAACAGCGAUGAUACAGCCCCUUCCAUGACACGCCGGGUAGCACCACCGGCCGGCCGUCCUAGUCCCGUCUGCAAUUGCAGGCACAAGUGGUGCCUUCGUGAGUGGUCAUCCGCGAAGAACGCCGAGGGGAACUCCGCCUCCGGGCGUCCAACCUUGCAUCUACGCGGGCUUCUCCCCCUGCGGUUCCCCGAGAUCUCGUCAACCAUCCAGAGCUACGUCAAGUCCAGCGUGGAGCGCAGACGGAAUCAAUUCCUGUCCUGGAUUGACCGGUGUGACGCCUCCGUGAAUGCCAUCCGGCGGCACCUCCUGGACGCAGUGCCUGGUCUAGCAGAAGCUGCCCCCAAACUAGCGCUGAGUACAGUGCGAGGGUGGUUGAACCAGUUGGCCGAAUACCCCUCUCCCGCUGGCUCCAAGCCCGACCGCCGUCCCAAGUCACUGCGAGAGUUGCUUCAAGUCGUGAGCGAGCAGCUUAGCCAGUUGCUUGCGGCCCGCGUCCUUGUGCUGCCGACACGCCGUGUGAUGAACCGCCCCGUGCGCCUGCCGCGCUUCAGGAGGUCGUCCGAUCAUCCCAGAUGUCGCAGGCGUCUCUUUCCUCGUCUUGCUGCCCCGCUCACAACGUGAAUGAGGCCUAUUUAUCAUUGGACGUUGUAAGGAGCGGGUGGCGCUUGUCCCUCAUACGGCAAAAGUGGGGAAAACAGUAAGAUGAUGACAAAACAAAAGAUGGGGGAAGCAGGAUUGGGAUGAAAACUGCUUGUUUCUUUGGAUGGUUGUUGUGUCUGCAAGUGUGAUAGCUUUGUCUUGCCUCCCACAAAUGAUGCUCCAUUUCUAGUGGCGACACUCAUAGCAUAGGAACAGCGUACUUGUCAAUGCAUUUCAUGCACACCAAACAUGGAUUAAAAUUAAAUUUGACAAGGACCUUGUGUUUUAAAUACUUGAUAUGCUUCAGUCAAGGAAAGUUUACACUGGAACCAGACAUUAACACGUAGCAAUAUGGCUCAACUUCUUUGAUUUGUAUUUUCCGUAAUAUAAAAUAGUUUGCGCCGUAAUUCCGUCGUAAAACUGUAAAAACGUGUAUACGUAAUUGAAGUGUUGUAUGAGUUUUAUGAAUUAUAUAUUUCUCAGUCUUUGCUGUUUGCAUCAUGAAAUGUGUCUUCAUACAGAUUUUUCCACAAUAAUUGGACAAGUGACAAUUCAUGGUGGUACUUGUACAAUGAUGUGUCGGAUGGAGUGUGAUGGUUUGUUGUAUCUGUACAAUUUCUUCGCAAGGUCACCGGUGCUAAUUAACAGUAGUAAUUCAGCUGAAAUCGUCUUGCACGUGGCGAGCCUUGUUACGUUUUUAUUCAAGCUUUUGGCGAGUUAUCCUUAAAUGAAUUGUCAUAAUUCUGUGGGGCACUCUCAGUUGGGCCGUUAAAAUAUGCAACUUCGUGGGUCUAAAUAAAGUCUGACUCCAUGUACGUAUGUGGCUAAUGACAUGUUUGUGUGUUAUUUUCUCCAUGUGAAGGCUGACGAAAACUCAUGUUUGAUGGGACAUGCAAUGAAAACAUGGAUUUUUUUAUUGUAUUAGGGCAGACCAAGAAAGAAAUUUCUAGAAAUAUGCAAAUAAAUGUCCUGAUACAUGUACAUAUAUAUAGUUACACGUACAUGCAAUUUUAUUUUGAGACUUAAGAGUGCAUGAAAUUUCCAAGCUUCCACGGAAUAUGAAUACCAAAUUGGAUGCAUCCGAAUACGUUGGCAACUAAGUAUCAACACAUGGGCCCUAGAAGACGUUCGUUGCUCAAGUCAACUUAGAUGGAUAGCUUUUCGUAGUGUCUCAACAUCUGCGUUGAUGCA